AUGGUUACAGAUGGCGACAGCAGCAAGGCUGCGCCGACCGGCAAGGGCCCCGAUCCCUCAGAGUUCGACCCGGAGUUUGUCAUAGGAGAGGAAGAUGAUCAGCCGAGCCGGGCAGCGACUCCGCGACCAAAGGAGAAAGCGCUGCCCACGGAAGGCGCGGCGGAGAAUGCCAGUGAGAAGAAGGACGACGACAAGGAGGCUGAGGCCGACGAGAAGCCAGACAAGGCGCCCGAGAUACCGCCAGAAGUCCAACUUCGCUUGCGCAAGCUGGACAAGCUAGAACCCAAGUAUUCUGAACUGCUCCGGUCGUACCGCAUCGCACACGCCCGCAUCGGCGCAAUUGAGGCCUUCGAAGCUUCAUUGCGCGAGCACACACCUCUGACCUCCAUCAGCGAUACCGCCGCCUUCGUCGAAUACCUCGGCCAGCUCAACGUCAAAAGUGACAUGCUCAUGGAGGAACUCAAGCGUGUCUCCAAGGAGCGCGACGACAUCAACAAGAAGCUUGAGGAUGCGGAAAAGCGCGCGAAAGAGUCCGCAGAGGAGGUCGAGGCGCUGAAGUCCAAGGCGGCAGUAACCGAAAAUGAGAAAGAUGACACGACUACAACAUCCGAGUCAAUCGCGCCUUCCUCCACAUCCAAGCAGACUGACGCCACAGAGGAUGAGGAGUUCUUCUCGUACGACAGCGAGCUCCCCCGCCUCCAAUCGCAACUGCAAGAGAGUGAGGAGAAGGUCGGCAAGCUAGAGGAGGAGAACAAAUCACUCAAGAGCGAGUUGUCUACAGCCCAGGAGUCGGCGGAAUCUUUCAUGAAGAACCUCGAAACUACCUCUAAUGACCUCAACACAUUCAGGGACACACACCAACGCCUGCAAAAGGAUGCUGACGAGCGCGAGAAAGAGCUCAAUGAAAGCAUUGCGGACCUGAAGACGCGACUGGAUAGCGCGGAGAACGACCUGGCCAAACACAAAGACGAACGCAUCCAAGACCAAGGGACCAUCACCGAAUUGCAAAAUAAGCUCGAAUCUGCCACAAAAGAGCUGCAGGAGCUACAUGCCAGCAAGGGUGAAGAGCUUGUCCAAGAAGAUCAGGUUCAGGAACUCCGUAGCCAGGUUGAGACGGCCGAGGCAGAUUUGUCUAAGCUGCGCGACGCCCAUGCAAAGGCCGAGAAGCGGGGCGAUACCCUGAACGGGCUUCUCAGCAAUGUACGAAGUCAGCUAAAAGAGACGGAAGCGAAGCGCGACGAGGCUCUGGCUAGCCUUGAACAAGCAAAGAAGGCUCUGGACGCAAAACCGAAGGAGGAGAGCAAGCCAGCCCCGUCUCCUCAGCCGCCGACACCCCAGAUUCAACCCGUUGAGUCUGCCUCUUCCAAGAGGAAGAACAAAAAGAAGAAGAAGGGCGGACAAGCAGCGAAUGCCAUUCCCUCUGCGCCUCCAAGUGAGGCUGGUGAUGCGAACGGGAUGCUCAGCCCAAGGGAUGCCGAUUUCUCGUCCACUCAGCUUGAAGAUGCACAGAAGACUGUUACCGAGCUCAAGGCAGACCUCGAAGAGAAGGUUGCGGCGAUUGCGAAAUUGGAGAGCGAAGUCGCCGAAAAGGCCUCAUCAUUAGAUUCGCUCAAGAAGAAGAUGAAAGACCAAGACGACCUUCAAGAGGAAAUUGAGACUUUGAGACAGGACCUGCUUGACUUUGGCUCGGAGCACACAGACGCCAAGGAUAAGGUGAAGCAGUUGCAGGCAGAAAAGGCCGCCCUUCAAGAAAGCUUAUCGAAACUCGAGAAAGAGAUUGCUGAGUUGAAAACCGGCAAGGCAUCACAGGAGACAUCCGAGGAAGAGAAGAAGGCAUUGACGACUGAGUUUGAGCAGCUCAAGGCCAAGGCAGACUCUAUGCAGACUGAUCUGUCGCUUGCAGAGCAGCUCGCAGCGUCGCGUUUCAAAGAUCUUACAGACAUGCGGGAGGUCUUGCAGAAAGCUCAACCAGAAUUGAGCUCUUUGCGCAAGGAGGUAGCAGAGCUGCGCAGCACCAAAGACGAGCUUGGGACAAAAUCUGCUGAUUUGAGGCGAUUGGAGGGCCGCGAGAAGGAUCUCAAAUCUGAGAUUGCCUCGUACCGCUCUCAGGUCACCGGCAAAGAAGCUGACAUCAAGACACUCAACGAGAAGAUAAAGCAAGAAACAACGCAGAGGCUUGCGCUCGAAGAAACUAAUAGGAAAAUCCAGCGAGACUUGCAGAACUCCGAGGUCGAGCGGAAAGAUGUUGUGGAAGCCCGAGACAAGCUUACUAAGGAUCUGGCCAAGGCGCAAGAUGAACUGAAGAGUUCUCGCAAAACUCUGCGUGACCUGGAGGAAGAAGUGGCUAAACUCACUCGUGAGGCUGGCAGUCUACGGGACGAUCUUCAGCUCAAGUCUGCUCAAUAUGCGAGCGCGCAGGAUCUCAUGAACAGCAUGCAGGACCAGACACAGGAGAUGGGCACUCAGGUGAAGGAGAUUCGCGCUAAGAGUGAGAGUCUAGAGGAAGAGCUUGCGGAUGCUCAUCGUCUGCUUGGUGAACGGGGCCGUGAAGCAGAGACGAUGCGACGACUACUGGCUGAUGCUCAAGGAAGGGCUGAUGCCCGUGUGCGCGAGAUGCAAGAGCGACUUGACAUAGCGAUUGAAGAACGAGAAAGGGCAGAGGAACAAGCUAGCACUUUCAGCAAACGCCGUGCCAGAGAGCUUGAAGAGCUCAAGCAGAAGGUUCGCGACGCUGAGCGUGCCAUGACCCGUGCAGUCGAAGACAAAGAUGACCUUGCGGUGGCUGAAAAGGAGCUACGCAGACAAAAGGAGGACAUGGAGAAGCGGGCUGCGCAGGCUAGUGAAGAAGCCUCUGAUGUCAGGCUUGCUAUGAGCCAGCUCCGGGAUGCUUUGGAUGAGAGCGAGAAGCAGGCGCGUGAUCUUGAGAAGGAAAAGGGCGAUCUACGACGCGCAUUCGAUGAGACUCAAAGCCGGCUGGAGAAGCUGCAGAAGUCGAGCAAGACUAUGUCGGAAGAGCUUCGAUCAAUCAAGGCGCGAGGUCCAGACUCGACUGCCCAAUCUUCCAGGACCUCAGUCGAGUCGACACGAUCACGUCUGGCAUCUCCCACACCCAGGCCUGGCACAGCUUCAUCGCAGACAGCGGACGGCGUCGACUACGUGUACCUGAAGAACGUCUUAUUGCAAUUCCUUGAGCAACGAGACAAGAAGUACCAGCAGCAACUGAUCCCCGUGCUGGGUAUGCUGCUGCAUUUUGACAAGAAGGAUGAGCAAAAGUGGAUGGCUGCAGUUUCGGCCAAAUGA